ACAAGAGCUGUCAAAUUUAUCAAAACAUUAAACACGUUGUUUUGAAAUUAUUAGGAGAAGAGAAUUAAAAUAAGCUCCCAAUUGUAUUAAAGACUAUUUGCAUUAAUUAUUAUUAAAAUGUCAGAAAUAUAUAAACUUAUACAUCCAGGUAAAUUUUUUAAUGACUAUAUCUCCCGAGACAUUCGUCCAGAUGGUAGAAAAUUUAAUGACCAACGUAAUAUAAAACUUAAUGUUAAUGCUAUUAAGACAGCCGAUGCAUCAGCAGUCGUAAAAUGUGGAAAUACCACCGUUGUUUGUGGCAUAAAAUUGGAAUUAGCAAAACCUAAAGCAGAAGAACCAGAUUUAGGCUUUUUAAUAACCAAUGUAGAGCUUCUUCCAUUAUGUUCAUCAAAAUUCCGUCCUGGACCUCCCUCAGACCAUGCUCAAGUUGUCAGCAAUGUUGUAUCAGAUAUAGUUGCGAACUCUAAAUGUAUAGACAUGAAAGAUUUAUGCAUAGUGCCGGACAAACUCUCAUGGGUGUUAUAUUGUGAUAUGGUUUGCUUGGACUAUGACGGCAGUGUUGUUGAUGCCUGCUUAAUAACACUCAUGAGCAGCCUCAAAACAUUGUUCCUACCCUCUGUGUCUUAUGAUGUUGAGACGGAAGAAAUAAAAGUUGAUACUGCCAUUAAGACACCUUUACCUGUGCAUGGUUUACCCAUUGCUACAAGUUUUGCUGUUUACCAACAAUUAUCAAGAAGCGUUACAUUAACAGACCCAACAGCAUAUGAGGAGGAGAUGUGUGGUGGCGUUGGUGCCAACCUUAUAGCUUGUUGGAAUAAAGGACAACUUUGUGGAGUAUUUAAAUUUGGUGGCAGUAAUCUUUCAACAGAAAAUGAAAAAGAAACUUUAGCCCUUGCAAAGCAAAAGAGCAAACUAGUUGAAAAGGUUAUAUAUCUCUGUAUAGAAAAUAAGUCAUGAUUAAAAAGUUAUGUUGAA